UCAGUACGGCGGCCGCGAGGGGCUCCUCCCCCCUCCCCUCAGACGGGGCGAGGGCGGCGAUGGCGCGUCCGGCGGAGGCGGCUGCGGGCGCCGCUCCGGCCCCUCCGGCCCCUCGGUCCCCCGGCCGCGGCCGGGGCUGUGAGUAGGGCCCGCACAGACAUGAGGGACAAGUUAGUUUUGAGGCAGAAGUUCAGAUUCCUUCCUCUCCAAGUAGCCAACUCUUCACCCCAGGCAUCUAUUAACAAGCUAAAAGUGACAGAACCAUGGCUCAGUUUCCAACACCUUUUGGGGGCAACCUGGAUAUCUGGGCUAUUACUGUGGAAGAGAGAGCAAAACAUGAUCAACAGUUCCAUAGUCUGAAACCAACUGCUGGAUUUAUCACUGGUGAUCAAGCCAGGAACUUUUUUUUCCAAUCUGGGUUACCUCAGCCAGUGCUAGCACAGAUAUGGGCUCUAGCUGACAUGAACAACGAUGGCAGGAUGGAUCCCCUGGAGUUCUCCAUAGCCAUGAAGCUGAUCAAGCUGAAGCUCCAGGGUUACCAGCUCCCGGCCGCGCUGCCGCCCGUCAUGAAGCAGCCGCCCCUCGCCCUGCCCGCUGCCCCAGGCUUUGGUCUCGGGGGCAUUGCCAACAUGCCAUCCCUCAGCAGUGUGCCCAUGGCCUCCAUCCCAGUGGUGGGGAUGUCCCCCCCACUGGUGUCCUCUGUCCCUGCUCCCCUGGCUAACGGAGCUCCUGCUGUCAUCCAGCCCCUGCCUGCUUUCGCUCACGCCGCCACUUUGCCAAAGAGUUCUUCCUUCAGCCGCUCGGGGCCGGGAGCUCAGCUCAAUGCAAAGCUGCAGAAGGCACAAUCCUUCGACGUGGCCAGCUCUCCUGCUGUGGCAGAGUGGGCUGUGCCUCAGUCCUCGCGCCUCAAGUACCGGCAGCUCUUCAACAGCCACGACAAAACCAUGAGUGGACACUUGACAGGUCCCCAAGCAAGAACGAUUCUCAUGCAGUCAAGUUUACCCCAGGCUCAGCUGGCUACAAUAUGGAAUCUGUCUGACAUUGAUCAAGAUGGGAAGCUGACAGCUGAGGAGUUUAUCCUGGCUAUGCACCUCAUUGAUGUAGCAAUGUCUGGUCAGCCCCUGCCACCUGCACUGCCCCCAGAGUUCAUCCCACCUUCCUUCAGAAGGGUCCGCUCUGGCAGUGGCAUUUCUGCUGCCAGCUCAGUGUCUGUAGACCAAAGGUUACCAGAAGAACCAGCACUGGAAGAAGAACAGCAGCAACUGGAAAAGAAAUUACCAGUGACGUUCGAGGACAAGAAGCGGGAGAACUUCGAGCGGGGGAACCUGGAGCUGGAGAAGCGCCGGCAGGCGCUGCUGGAGCAGCAGCGCAAGGAGCAGGAGCGGCUGGCGCAGCUGGAGCGGCAGGAGCAGGAGCGCAAGGAGCGCGAGCGGCAGGAGCAGGAGCGCAAGCGGCAGCUGGAGCUGGAGAAGCAGCUGGAGAAGCAGCGGGAGCUGGAGCGGCAGCGCGAGGAGGAGAGGAGGAAGGAGAUCGAGAGGAGGGAGGCUGCCAAGAGGGAGCUGGAGAGGCAGAGGCAGCUGGAGUGGGAGCGGAACCGGCGGCAGGAGCUGCUGAACCAGAGGAACAAGGAGCAGGAGGACAUUGUGGUGCUCAAGGCUAAGAAGAAAACCCUGGAAUUUGAGCUGGAGGCUCUGAAUGAUAAAAGGAACCAGUUGGAAGGGAAGCUUCAGGAUAUCCGGUGUCGGCUGUCGACCCAAAGACAAGAAAUUGAAAGUACAAAUAAAUCCAGAGAACUCAGAAUUGCAGAAAUCACCCACUUGCAGCAGCAGCUACAGGAGUCCCAGCAGAUGCUGGGCAGGCUGAUCCCAGAGAAGCAGCUGCUCAAUGAUCAGCUCAAGCAAGUGCAGCAGAACAGUUUGCACAGGGAUUCCCUGCUCACCAUCAAGAGAGCCUUGGAAGCCAAGGAACUGGCACGGCAGCAGCUCCGGGAGCAGCUGGAUGAGGUGGAGAAAGAAACCAGAUCUAAACUGCAGGAAAUUGAUAUUUUCAAUAAUCAGCUGAAGGAGCUGAGAGAAAUCCAUAACAAGCAGCAGCUCCAGAAGCAGAAGAGCUUGGAAGCUGAGAGGUUGAAACAGAAGGAACAGGAAAGGAAGACAGUGGAGCUGGAAAAGCAAAAGGAAGCUCAGAGGAGGGUCCAGGACCGGGACAAGCCACGGCUGGAGCGGGGACAGCCCGAGGAGGAACCACAGUGGCAGAAAAAACCCCAGGAAGAUGACAAGCAAAAAAGGGAAGAGCUACCCAAGAGGAGGGAGAGUGAGGAGAAGGGGAAACAGGAGAUGCAGGAGAAGCUGAGCAAACUCUUCCAGCCCCAGCAGGAGCCCAGCAAGCCUGGCCAGGCUCCCUGGUCCAAUGCAGAGAAAGCUCCUCUAACCAUUUCUGCUCAGGAGGAUGUAAAAAUAGUGUAUUACAGAGCUCUGUAUCCUUUUGAAUCCAGAAGCCACGACGAGAUCACCAUCCAGCCUGGAGACAUUGUCAUGGUGGAUGAAAGCCAGACUGGAGAGCCAGGGUGGCUUGGUGGAGAACUGAAGGGGAAAACUGGAUGGUUCCCUGCAAACUAUGCUGAGAGAAUUCCAGACAGUGAAGUUCCAGCCUCUGCCAAGCCCGUGGCUGAGCCCUCUGCUGCUCCCAAAGUGUCUGUGCAGGAGAGCUCCACUGCCCUGGGAGCCCCUGCCCCUGCAGAGGCUCCUGCAGCUGCCAACAACUGGGCAGACUUCAGCUCCACCUGGCCAGCAAACAGCAGUGAGAAGGCAGAGAGUGAUAACUGGGAUGCCUGGGCAGCUCAGCCCUCCCUGACCGUGCCCAGCGCGGGGCAGCUGCGGCAGCGCUCGGCCUUCACCCCUGCCACUGUCACAGGCUCCUCCCCGUCCCCUGUCCUGGGCCAGGGUGAGAAAGUGGAGGGGCUCCAAGCCCAGGCUCUGUAUCCUUGGAGAGCCAAGAAGGACAACCACCUGAACUUCAACAAGAAUGAUGUGAUCACUGUGCUGGAGCAGCAGGACAUGUGGUGGUUUGGGGAGGUGCAGGGCCAGAAGGGCUGGUUCCCCAAAUCCUAUGUGAAACUCAUUUCAGGCCCCAUCAGGAAAUCCACCAGCAUGGAUUCUGGUUCCUCAGAAAGCCCUGCUAGUCUGAAAAGAGUAGCAUCCCCAGCAGCCAAGGCAGCCAUGUCAGGGGAAGAGUACAUUGCCAUGUACACCUACGAGAGCUCGGAGCAGGGGGACCUCACUUUCCAACAAGGUGACCUGAUCCUGGUGACAAAGAAAGAUGGUGACUGGUGGACGGGAACGCUGGGUGAUAAAUCAGGAGUUUUCCCAUCUAAUUAUGUGAGACUCAAAGAUUCUGAGGCUCCAGGAGCAGCUGGGAAAACAGGAAGCUUAGGGAAGAAACCUGAAAUUGCCCAAGUUAUUGCCUCUUACACAGCAACAGGCCCAGAACAGCUGACUCUUGCUCCUGGCCAGUUGAUUCUCAUCAGAAAGAAGAAUCCAGGUGGUUGGUGGGAAGGAGAGCUCCAAGCUCGGGGCAAGAAGCGCCAGAUCGGCUGGUUCCCCGCCAACUAUGUCAAACUGCUGAGCCCUGGCACCAGCAAGAGCACCCCCACCGAGCUGCCCAGGCCUGCAGCAGCCUCAGUGACGUCCCCUCCCGCAGUGUGCCAGGUGAUCGGCAUGUACGACUACAGCGCCCAGAACGACGACGAGCUGGCGUUCAGCAAGGGGCAGAUCAUCACCGUGCUCAGCAGGGAGGACCCCGACUGGUGGAAGGGGGAGGUCAAUGGCCACGUGGGGCUCUUCCCCUCCAACUACGUGAAGCUGACCACGGACACGGACCCGAGCCAGCAGUGGUGUGCUGACCUGCACCUGCUGGACAUGCUGACCCCCACCGAGAGGAAGAGGCAGGGCUACAUCCACGAGCUGAUCCUCACCGAGGAGAACUACGUCAACGACCUGCAGCUGGUGACAGAGAUCUUCCAGAAACCCCUGAUGGAGUCUGAGCUGGUCACAGAAAAAGAAGUUGCCAUGAUUUUUGUUAAUUGGAAGGAGCUGAUUAUGUGCAAUAUAAAACUACUGAAGGCCCUGCGUGUGAGGAAGAAGAUGUCAGGGGAGAAGAUGCCAGUGAAGAUGAUUGGGGACAUCCUGACAGCCCAGCUGCCCCACAUGCAGCCCUACAUCAGGUUCUGCAGCUGCCAGCUCAACGGGGCCGCCCUCAUCCAGCAGAAAACAGAUGAAGUGCCCGAGUUCAAGGAGUUUGUCAAGAGGUUAGCCAUGGAUCCUCGCUGUAAAGGAAUGCCACUCUCAAGUUUUCUACUAAAGCCUAUGCAACGGGUAACCAGAUACCCACUAAUAAUUAAAAAUAUCCUGGAGAACACCCCAGAGAACCACCCUGACCACAGCCACCUGAGGCAGGCCCUGGAGAAGGCAGAGGAGCUGUGCUCACAGGUGAACGAGGGCGUGCGGGAGAAGGAGAACUCGGACAGGCUGGAGUGGAUCCAGGCCCACGUGCAGUGUGAGGGGCUCUCCGAGCAACUCGUUUUUAAUUCAGUCACAAACUGCCUGGGACCACGCAAGUUCCUGCACAGUGGGAAGCUCUAUAAAGCCAAGAGCAACAAGGAGCUCUAUGGUUUUCUCUUCAAUGACUUCCUCCUCCUCACUCAGAUCAUAAAACCUCUUGGCUCUUCUGGCACAGACAAGGUCUUCAGCCCCAAGUCCAACCUGCAAUACAAAAUGUACAAAACUCCCAUUUUCCUAAACGAGGUACUGGUAAAAUUGCCCACAGACCCUUCUGGAGAUGAGCCCAUCUUCCACAUCUCCCACAUUGACAGAGUCUACACACUCCGUGCUGAAAGCAUCAAUGAAAGGACUGCCUGGGUUCAGAAGAUCAAAGCUGCUUCAGAACUUUACAUAGAGACUGAAAAGAAGAAGAGGGAAAAGGCCUACUUAGUUCGCUCUCAGAGAGCAACAGGCAUUGGGAGGCUGAUGGUGAAUGUUGUUGAAGGCAUUGAGCUAAAACCCUGCAGGUCCCAUGGAAAGAGCAACCCCUACUGUGAGGUGACCAUGGGCUCUCAGUGCCACAUCACCAAGACCAUCCAGGACACCCUGAAUCCCAAGUGGAACUCCAACUGCCAGUUCUUCAUCAAGGACCUGGAGCAGGACGUGCUGUGCAUCACGGUGUUCGAGCGGGACCAGUUCUCCCCGGAUGACUUUUUGGGCAGGACAGAGAUCCGUGUGGCAGACAUCAAGAAGGACCAGGGUUCCAAGGGACCAGUGACAAAGUGUCUCCUCCUGCACGAAGUGCCCACGGGAGAGAUCGUGGUGCGCCUGGACCUGCAGCUGUUCGAUGAGCCUUAGGAGGGAGGGGCUGCUGUGGAAUCCAGCCAGGUCCCUGCAGGAGGCUCUGCAGAGCUGUCACCGACUCCCUGCUGUGGCACCAAACUGCUGCUCGCCCUUCACACGUCAGAGGGUUAUCAAAGCAAACAGGAGCAUCUUUGUGCCUUGAUAAUUCUCACUGAACACGUGAAUCCCAAUUUAGUGAGGAGAUCUCCCUCAAUCUCUCUGUGUGGAACUUGGUUUCCUGGGCUGGUGAAACAACCCUGCUGUUCCUUGUGCUGCAGUUGGGACGGCUGGCAAAGCACAUGGGUGGCUGUGCUUGCUCCAGAUUCUCUUUAAUCCCGUGGAGGAGGCAGUGUGGGUGUGUUUUGGAGGCUUUCUGAAGGUUUUCCCCCUUCAGGAGUUCUGUGCCUAUUGCUCAGCAGAGUGGUGUGUAAAUGUGAGUGAAUGGAAGGAACAGUUUUGCAGCAAGAAGAUCUUGGAAGAUCUUCAUGAUGGUACUGAAAAGACUUAGAAAAUAAAUAGUCUAUAUCUAUAAACAGAGAAGAUUCUAUUAACAUACCACUUCAUGACUCGUGUUACCCCUGAAAAUAAAAGGUGUCCAGGCCUUCUGCACAGAGAUGAAUUGCACUCCAGAAGAGUCCAGCCCUGGGUCCUUGGAGCCGCUGCUGUCCCCAGGACUGGGCAGGAAGCCAAGGGCGAGCACGGAGCCCUGCUGGGUGCUGUGUGCACCCCCAGGAGCUCCUUUACUGCUGGGGAAGCAGAAACAAUGGUGGCUGCAGCUCAGGCAGCGAGGCUGCAGCUGCAGAGCCUGUGCAGAGCAGCCUGGGGUGCCCGGGUGCGGAGCUGAGCUCACCUGUGUGCAGCCCCACGGGGAGCUGCUGUGGGCACAGCGGGAUCCCACAGCCAGCCAGGGCACUGCCGGGCUCUCCAUCCCUUCUCUGUCCCUGCUGGGCAGAGCUCCGGCUCCAGGCGGGCACCGACCUCUGCUCCCCCCCGGGCACUCCUGGGGCUGCUCUGCUGAGCCGGACUGGGGACGGGAGAUCCCUGAGGGUCAAAUUCCUCUUUGUUCUGCUUGGAUUCCUUUUGUCCACGCCCUGCCGCGCAUCCACUGGUAUUUUUGUAAGGACUUGGUUCCGGAGGGGAGGUGCCAGCCCGUGUCAUUCGCAUGUGAACGUUCUGUGGAGCUGUUGUUAGGUUUUGGUGUUCCUUGCAUGUCCUCUCAGUGCCGGUUCCCACCUCUCCUGUGUCGGCAGUGUUCUCUAGCACUCCAAGUCUUAUUGGUUUCCAUUAGGAAAUUAGGAUAUAUCCAUAACAGGUAGGUAGGUCAGUAUGGUAAUAAGUGUAAACUGUGCUGGGAAGUGUCUGUGUAUUAUAAUUUCCUAAAAGACCACUGUAAUGUUACAAGCAAUGGGAAGGAAAAAAAAAUGUAUGUUGGAGGGACAACAAAGUUUACAUUUCAUACUUUUCAGAAUCGCUUUAUUAUUUAUUUAUUGAAGAUAGUGUAGAAUUUUGUAUCAGAAAUGACAGACAUACUUAUGUAUUUUUUGAAACAAAACAGAGAUACACACUUUAGUUAGAAACUUUCAACUGACCACAUUUUAGAGGGAGUGUGACUUCCUAGGCAUGCAUUUGUUUACCACUAACUGGCUGAAAACACAAUUAAGAGAACUUUAAGUUUCUAUUUUUCAAUGUUGUUAAGAAAAUGGUUUCAAUUAAAAUAUGUAAAUAGUACUAAACCCAUGCUUUCCUAAUUCCAUAUCAAUACAUUUUAUUAAAUAUAAUGUAUAUGAAAAUACACAUUGUUGUGGUAGGAUAAAAAAGUGAUAAAAUCUAUUACUGGAGUACCAUUAAAUGUCAUUGUCUAACCUUUUA